GUUUAACCCUAAAGAAGGCGUAGCUCCCUCGCUCCAUUGUUCAUAUCUUCUCUGCGGCCGCCUGCCUUCACGACUAUCUCAACAAGAUGAAGUUUAAUAUCGCGAAUCCGACCACUGGAUGCCAGAAGAAACUCGAAAUCGACGACGACCAGAAACUCCGUGCUUUUUUUGACAAGAGGAUCUCUCAGGAAGUUAGUGGAGAUUCUCUCGGAGAGGAAUUCAAGGGCUAUGUUUUCAAAAUCAUGGGAGGUUGCGACAAGCAGGGAUUCCCAAUGAAACAGGGAGUGUUGACCCCUGGCCGUGUCCGUCUCCUUCUACACAGAGGUACCCCUUGUUUCCGUGGAUAUGGAAGGCGCAAUGGAGAACGCAGGAGGAAGUCUGUUCGUGGUUGCAUUGUCAGCCAAGACCUUUCUGUCUUGAAUUUGGUGAUUGUGAAGAAGGGAGACAAUGAUCUUCCUGGCUUGACAGACACUGAGAAACCAAGAAUGAGGGGUCCCAAGAGGGCAUCCAAGAUUCGCAAGCUUUUCAAUCUGUCGAAGGAAGACGAUGUUCGAAAGUAUGUCAACACAUACCGUAGAACAUUCACCACCAAAUCUGGCAAAAAAGUUAGCAAGGCCCCCAAGAUUCAGAGGUUGGUUACCCCACUGACCCUGCAGAGGAAGCGAGGAAGAAUUGCAGAGAAGAAGAAGAGAAUUGCGAAGGCCAAGUCUGAGGCUGCUGAGUAUCAGAAGCUCCUUGCGUCUAGGCUGAAGGAGCAAAGAGAACGCCGUAGCGAGAGUUUGGCGAAGAAGAGGUCGAGGCUCUCUACUGCUUCAAAGCCGUCCAUUGCUGCUUAGCUAAUUCGCAUUAUUUAUGUCUCAGCGUUCUGUUAUCUUAAAUUUUGCCAUCCUGUUUUGCUUUUUAAAAGAAUCUUCUUUUAGCUUUCUUGACAUCUAGAAUGGAUUGGAUUUUUGGUUCCUAAUUUGGAUAGCCAUUUCUUCAUAUACUUCAAAUUUCAUGAUUAAGCCUAGAGGAAUUUUGAAAUCCAGCUUAGUGAUUUGACGAA